GGUCACUUCCUGGAUGUGAGAGCAGCUUCAAGUCGUCGUGUGGAGCAGAUGAGGAAACCGAGGAGUAACGGAACCGCGCUUUCUCUCGUGUCGGUUCAGUUUCAGGCUGAAACAAUGAGCAACGCUGGACUUUAACUCUUGGAUUACGGUACACACACUAAAGGAUGCAAGGUGCGAUUGCACGAGUUUGCAUGGUGGUAGUAGCGGCAAUCCUCAACCACCCCCUUCUUUUCCCCAACGAAAACACCACCGUCCCCGAGCAAGAUGAAGACCUCCUGGCCCGGAUGAAAGAGCAUCAAGAGAAACUUGAGGCUGAACAGAAGCGCCUGGAGCAGGAGAUCUCACAGAAUGAAACAUCUGUGAUCGGUGAUCAAGACGGUUAUGGCUGGUACUUUUGGAGUGCCCUCUGCCUUGUCAUUUUCUUUACGAUUGAGGUUUGCAGGCAGGAUAUAAUCCCUGCUGAAAUUCCAGACCCUGCAGAAGACGAAGAUGGAGAUUGCAGUACUGGUUAUCUCAGCGCUAAGUCUAUCGUAUUAGAUAGAGGUACCCUAAAUAACUUCUGCAGGACCCGCUUCUUUCCUUACACCAAUGAAAGUGGUAGAGUGCGGGAAUUUAUUGAGGGCUUUGCUGAUGAUUUGCUGGAGGCAUUGAGAAGUAUUUGUGACCUGGAAGCUGACCUGGAAGUUGAGGACUUUGUUGGGAUAGGCAGUAUGUUCGAAUCCUGGAGGGUCUCUAAACCUCCUACAUGUGACCUAAUUGUGCCUUUUUCUCCUCCGCAACCACUCAGGUUUCAGUUUGAACUCUGGUGCGACCCUUCCACUGAAAUCCCACUAGACCUGCAGGGAUGUGGAAGGAUUCAACUCAUUAAACCCGGUGGAAAUGGCACGGAUUGUCUUUGUGGCUCUACCGAUCUUGGUGAUGAUAUGCUGUGUUUGCUUCAUAAUAGAAAUGAGUGUGAAGUACUUGAGGACAAUGCUUUGCCGGAGCUCCUCUGUGCAAGGGACACCACAUAUUUGUCAAAAGGUCAGAUCAUGAGAUGUUUCCAGAUUUCUGUGAGCAAAGCUUGGGGCCAAAUCUCUCAUAAGUACGACUUUGAGCUGGCAUUUCGAAACCUGGACUUUCCUGGAGCUCUGAAAAUCAAAUUUCCAUCCGGAAAGACAGUCGUCCUUAAUCUUACCCCUGCUGUUCAGUUUGAGAACACGGAUGCUUACCUCAUCUCUCAUUUCCCAUCUGACACUAGCAAGUCCUCAGACACUCAUUGGCAACUCUCGCUAAGCGUUUAUGAGAAGAAUCUGCUUAAACACCUAGCGAAAAGCCUUCCUACUAAUUCCUGUCACAUUCAUUGCCUUCAAAUAGUUGCUUUUUUGCACAAAAAGCAGACCACAUUGACAGGGAGAAGUGCCUUUUGUAAUUAUCAUAUAAAAACAGCGCUGUUGCAUUUGUUGUUGAGUAAACGUCCUGCAAUGUGGCAGCCGCAGAAUCUCGAUAGCCGAUUACGAGAUCUGCUCAGCUUCCUUCAACAAAGCCUGGAAGAAAAGAAACUCUAUCAUGCUCUUGUUGGGAACUCUCGCAUCCCGGUUGAAAUUCUUGUUCCCAAAAUAAUUCGUACCGCAGAGCCGAUAAACUUAUAUAGGCCUCUUGUGUUACAAAGACACGUUUACGCCAAAAUGGAGGAGCAUUUUGAGGAGAUGGUCAGAAAUACCUCAGUGCUUGUUCAGGAAUAUACGCCUCAUUUUUCGAAUGGUCACGUGAGGCAUGAAUUCAGCUCAGCGGAGCAAAUUUAGACUCUGGUUUCGAGUGCUGGGAACUUCAACAGCCUCAUUACAUGAAGUAAUGCACCUUCAAUGUAAACCACAUAUUAAGCACUGACUGUUACUGUUGCGAUUAUGAUGUAUGGGGUUUCUUCAACUAUGGACACUUUUAGAUCAUAGGUGCAACUUAAAACUAUUUUUAUAUAUAAAGGCCA